AAGAAUCGAAGUCAACUAAGGGGAAAAUCAUAGUAACCCCUUUUUUGUGGUUGAAUUGAGCUUACAAAUUGCUUCGUGAAAACAAGAAUUUUCAAGUGGGAAUUUGCUUCUUCUUAUUCCCUUUGUUUGGGGUUAAGAGAUAUUUGAAGAUGGGGGUUUGCUGGGGUUCUCCAGCUGACAAUCCAACUCCAAGCACCACUGAUCAUCUCAGUUCAGUUGAAUCUCGGACAACCAGCAACACAACAUCUAGGGGCAGUAACAUCUCCCGGGACAGCAGGUUCUCGGUUUCGAGCGGAGACGGGGCUUUUCAGGAUGGGCAAAUUUUGCCCACCCCUAAGGUAAGGGACUUCAGUUUUGCUGAAAUGAAGGCCGCAACUAAGAAUUUUAGGCCUGAUAUGGUGCUUGGUGAGGGAGGCUUUGGUAAAGUUUUCAAAGGCUGGUUGGAUGAGAAGGCGGUAGGGAAGAGCGGAAGUGGAACCCCCAUUGCAGUUAAGAAACUCAACUCUGAGGGCUGGCAAGGAUUUGAGGAAUGGAAGUCGGAGGUAAAUUUCUUAGGGAGGUUGUCUCAUCCUCACCUUGUAAAGCUGCUUGGAUACUGUUGGGAGGAUAAAGAGCUUCUUCUCGUUUACGAGUUUAUGCAGAAGGGUAGCUUAGAAAACCAUCUAUUCGGAAGGGGUUCUGUUGUCCAAUCACUUGACUGGAACAUACGGAUUAAAAUUGCGGUAGGAGCAGCAAAGGGCCUAUCUUUCUUGCACUCGUUGGACAAGAAAGUAAUUUACAGAGAUUUCAAGGCCUCAAAUAUACUACUGGACGGGUCCUAUACUGCCAAGUUAUCGGACUUUGGGUUGGCCAAAUUUGGUCCUUCGGCUAGCCAAUCGCAUGUUACAACAAGGGUAAUGGGCACAUAUGGUUACGCUGCUCCAGAAUAUGUUGCUACAGGGCAUUUAUACGUGAAGAGCGAUGUGUAUGGUUUUGGUGUUGUUUUAGUUGAACUACUCACCGGGUUGCGAGCACUCGAUACAAAUCGCCCCAGUGGGCAACAUAGUCUGGUGGACUGGAUAAAACCGUAUUUAUCUAAUAGAAGGAAAUUGAAGAGCAUAAUGGACCAUCGGUUGGAGGGCAAAUAUCCUUCCAAAGCCGCGGUUCAAGUAGCCCAGCUUGCUUUAAAAUGUCUCGAAUCUGAACCUAAAUACCGCCCUUCGAUGAAAGAAGUUGUACACAUUUUGGAACAGAUCAAGUCAAUAAAUUAUAAUCCGAAAGAACCAAGAAAGUGUGCUGCUCGUCAAACAACUCGUAGGCAUCACCAGCAGCCAUUGCACCAACGUUCUCCGCUUGCUCCAAAGCAUGAAACGAAACGUGCAUACUCGAAUCCUCCGUAGCCUAGGUAAGUUUGGAGCAUCUGCCCAAUUUGUUGCAGUUUUCAAUAUUAACAUGCUAAUUU